AUGGGCCAAUCAGCAAAGGUCGUGCCCCAUGCCAAGGUUAAGAUUGACCAUCAUGCCAAACUGGCAGAGGAAAUGAAGCAAAGGUUAAAGGUUGAGGAACUAGCAGAGAACAUCGAUGAGCUUGAAGAGGUGGUUGAAGAUGUUUUCCCGAUCCUUAUGUUCACAGUCAUCAUCUCAACUGCCAUUCUCAUCAUCUUCCUCAUCCGGAUGUACAUGAGGUACUCCAUUCCGAAUCCAAGCAAGAAUAAAAUUAACGGAAAGACGGUUCUUAUAACAGGGGCCACCAGUGGUCUGGGCAAAGCCACGGCCCUGGAACUAGCCAAGAGAAAUGCCAGAGUUCUCAUCACCGGCAGGGAGAAGGUCAAGGUUGAAGCUAUAGCCAGAAAUAUCCGAAAGAAAACCGGGAACCAGCACGUGAACGCCCUACAACUGGACCUGGGCAAUCUCCGCAACAUCCGAGAGUUCGUCGAGGAGUUCAACAGAACCGAGAAGUCCCUGCACGUGCUCAUCAACAAUGCAGGCUACCUGGGGCCCAAGUCCGCCACCGAUGACGGUCUGGAGAGGACCUUCGCCGUCAACUACCUGGGUCACUUUUACCUGACUCACCUCCUCACCGAAAAGAUGAUCAAGAACGCUCCAGCCCGCAUCAUCAACGUUGUCUCGGACGCCUACGCCAAGGGCAGCAUCGACUUCGAUGACCUGGCUUUGAACAAAGGCUACGAUAUCUCCAAGGCCUAUGCCAGGUCUAAGUUCGCCCAGGUGGUCUUCAACCUGGAAUGUCAUCGGAGGCUUUUUGGUGCCUGUGUGUGGUCGUUCGCUGUCAACCCAGGAGCAUGCAACACAGAUCUGCUGAGAUACUAUCCCGGACUGACGGGCAACAUCCUGCGUGUCAUCUCCAGGAUCAUGUACAAGCCGCCGGAAGAUGGCGCUGAGACCAUCGUUUACUGCGCCGUCGCUGACGGACUCCGGGAACAUUCUGGUAAACUCUUCGCCAACUGCAAGGUGGUAAAGAUAAACGAGAAGGUCAAGGACAAGACCGUGGCCCGGAAACUGUGGUGUGUUAGCGCCCAGUUGUGCGGCUUCGAGAGUGAUGUGCCCUUGGAGGAGGAAGAGGAAGUGAAACCACAAGCCGCUGGAGAGCAGCAAGCGGAAGUCAAGACACCCUAG